AUGCUUAGUGCUUCGAGGCGAAAGAAACUUGUCCUCUGGCAGCCACCUGUAACAGGUUAUCUUGGAGAACUAUCCGCGUACGGUUUCAACAAUCCAACAGCUAAGCUUUCAGCUCCUGACCCUGAUUUUGCCCUUAUCCCCUUAGAUACAACCCCAUCGACAGGGAGCAUCAACGCCUCUUCCACCAAACAAGAUACCGGACUGGCCAGUGCCAGACAAUCCUGGGUUUCAUCUUCAUCAACGAACGCAACAUUAUGGAUGAGAUCGCCUUUCACCAUUCGACAAAGUGGUCGGGCUAUCUCUCCCUACAACCUUCCCUAG